AUGUAAUGUUGAUUUAGCCAAUGAAAUGCAUGCGAAGACAAAUUCCUCACGUGCUCUGAAGCUUUCUUUUCCCUCGCGCUCUCUCAACGGCUCGCUAGACAGACGCUUACAAAAAGGCGCGUAGUAAAGAUUAAAAGAGUCAGAUGUUUACAAGUGAUCUUGAUUAAUUUACUCGGAAACUCGAUUUUAACAUGAGGGAGAUUGUUCAUCUGCAGGCCGGUCAAUGUGGAAAUCAGAUCGGUGCCAAGUUUUGGGAGGUUAUCAGUGACGAACAUGGAAUAGACCCAACAGGCACUUACCAUGGAGAUAGCGAUCUGCAGCUUGAGAGAAUCAACGUGUACUAUAAUGAGGCAACAGGUGGCAAGUAUGUUCCUCGUGCCAUUCUAGUUGAUCUGGAGCCUGGCACAAUGGACUCUGUCCGCUCUGGACCAUUUGGCCAAAUAUUCAGACCGGACAACUUUGUCUUUGGACAGAGUGGUGCAGGUAACAACUGGGCAAAGGGCCAUUACACUGAGGGAGCAGAGUUGGUAGACUCUGUCCUGGAUGUGGUGAGAAAGGAAGCCGAGAGCUGCGACUGUCUUCAGGGUUUCCAGCUCACCCACUCCCUUGGAGGUGGCACGGGCUCUGGUAUGGGUACCCUGUUGAUUAGCAAGAUCCGUGAGGAAUACCCUGACCGCAUCAUGAACACCUUCAGUGUGGUGCCCUCCCCUAAAGUCUCAGACACCGUGGUGGAGCCCUACAAUGCCACCCUGUCUGUGCAUCAGCUAGUAGAGAACACUGACGAGACUUAUUGCAUUGACAACGAGGCCUUGUAUGACAUCUGCUUUCGCACUCUGAAGCUGACGACUCCCACUUACGGGGACCUCAACCACCUGGUGUCAGCCACUAUGAGUGGUGUCACCACCUGCCUGCGCUUCCCCGGCCAGCUCAACGCCGACCUACGUAAGCUAGCUGUCAACAUGGUCCCGUUCCCCCGCCUGCAUUUCUUCAUGCCAGGCUUUGCCCCCCUCACCAGCAGAGGUAGCCAGCAGUACAGAGCGCUGACGGUGCCCGAACUCACCCAGCAGAUGUUCGAUGCCAAGAACAUGAUGGCCGCCUGCGACCCCCGCCACGGCCGCUACCUCACUGUGGCCGCCAUUUUCCGUGGCCGCAUGUCCAUGAAGGAGGUGGACGAGCAGAUGCUGAACGUGCAGAACAAGAACAGCAGCUACUUCGUCGAAUGGAUCCCCAACAAUGUCAAGACUGCAGUCUGCGACAUCCCGCCCCGCGGCCUCAAAAUGUCCGCUACCUUCAUCGGCAACAGCACGGCCAUCCAGGAGCUGUUUAAGCGCAUCUCUGAGCAGUUCACAGCCAUGUUCCGCCGCAAGGCCUUCCUGCACUGGUACACCGGAGAGGGCAUGGACGAGAUGGAGUUCACCGAGGCCGAGAGCAACAUGAACGACCUGGUGUCUGAGUACCAGCAGUACCAGGAUGCCACCGCCGAGGAGGAGGGCGAGUUUGAAGAGGAGGGAGAAGAGGAUAUUGGUUAGACGGAUAAAAGGGAUUUUAAAAUCAAUUAACUGCAUUCCAUCCCUUGUUUCAGUUUGUUCUUUUAUUCUUUCACUGCACAAAGAGCUGCUGUCAGUGUUUAACCUGUUGUAAUUGCAAUAAAUCUUAUCAGCAUUUUCUGAA